AUGAUUCAUCGAUUUCGCACAAAAAAUCGGUCCAAUUAUCAUGCCUUCGGUGGUGGGUCUUUCCUAAUCUCCGUGAAACGGUGCGAAUCGGCGAAGAACACCGGAAGAUCAACAGUUCUCAAUCAGCGAUUGUUUCUCCUCUAUGCAUGCUCAUGUUUUGUCCUAAAAUUUUGGCUUGUGUUGUUGUUUAUUUUGGUUUCUGGUGGGCACAGAGAUGGAGCUGUUGACAACGACAACAACAACAAGGACGUGUUUACAGCUGUUGACCAAGCUGAGAUUACAAAAGAUGUUUGCUUGAUGUAUGAUUUUGUGAAUCAGCAUUUACAGGAGGCCACAAGGGUUUCCGACCUAAGCUUGGAGGAAGAUGAUGUUCUGAAGCUAGUAAGUGAAAAGAGUGAGAACAGAGUUGUAAGGAAUAUAAAGGCUUCAAUGAAAUGCAGUGAUAGAGAAGUUUCCAAGCCUGCAACCGAGAGCUUCUCUUUCAGAAUUCCUCCAUCAGAAAACAUUGAAUCUCAAGGAAGGUCGGAUCUUCCGGGAAUAGAUGUGUUGGUCUCAGCUGCAAAGAGAAAGAGCCGCCUCUGGUCACAGCCAACUGGUUCCACAAAACGCUGCGUUUGGCUGCUUCUUCCUUCUUCCUCAGUUCACUUCACUGCGCAAACCAACCUCAGAGACUCGUCGAAAUCUUCCUUAAUGGCACUCUCUCAGGUUGCGUAUUUGAUUCCGUUGAAGGCAGAUUUAAACGAAGACAAUUCAUCUCCAAGGAUAACUUUAUCCCAAGGGCCAAACACCAUCGGUCGCGGCAACGUUUUAAUCGCCGAUAAGCGUCUCAGCCGCAAACACAUCACCGUCACCGCUUCCACUUCUGGCUCUGUUUCAUUGUCUGUGGAAGGAACGAAUCCGGUGGUUGUGAGGUCUUCCGGCGACGGCGAGAGGAAAAAGAUAAAUCCCUGUGAAGAGAUUUUAUUAACUGAUGAUGAUAUUAUUGAGUUGAUCCCAGGUCAUCAUUUCUUCAAGCUAGUUUUGCCACCAACUGAAAACAAAGGAAGCCAUGAAAGAGCUGCUAAGAAAGCUCGAAAGGCUGAAACACAAGGAGAUGAUGAUAAUGUAGAGGCGAUUCGUCGUUUUUGUCCACCUAGUGAGAAACUACCUUCAACGUUUCGGCUUUUGAGUGUCAAUGGAUUGCCAGAUUGGGCUAAUACCUCCUGUCUUUCUAUUAACGAUGUCAUUGAGGGAGAUGUUGUUGCUGCAAUCCUAUCGAAUUUUAUGGUCGAUAUAGACUGGUUGAUGUCAGCUUGCCCGAAACUGGCCAACAUUCCCCAUGUUAUGGUCAUUCAUGGAGAAAGUGAUGGUAGGCAAGAAUAUAUUCAGAGGAAGAAGCCAGGUAAUUGGAUUGCUCAUAAGCCUCGGUUACCUAUUUCAUUCGGGACGCACCAUUCGAAGGCGAUCUUUCUAGUCUAUCCUCGAGGAGUGAGAGUUGUAGUACACACUGCGAAUCUGAUCCAGGUUGAUUGGAACAACAAAAGCCAAGGUUUGUGGAUGCAAGAUUUCCCUUGGAAAGAUGAUGAUGAUGAUCACAAAGAUCCACCUAGCGGAUUUGAAGGUGAUCUUGUGGAUUACCUCACUGUUCUUAAGUGGCCUGAGUUUACUGCAAGCUUACCUGGUCGUGGUAAUGUCAAGAUCAAUGCAGCCUUCUUCAGAAAGUUUGAUUAUUCUGGUGCUACGGUUCGACUCAUUUCAUCAGUCCCUGGAUACCACACUGGUAUGAACUUGAAGAAAUGGGGACACAUGAAGCUAAGGACGAUUCUUCAAGAAUGCGUUUUCGAUAGAGAGUUUCGCAGAUCACCGUUAGUUUAUCAGUUUUCUUCCCUCGGUUCUUUAGACGAGAAGUGGUUAUCUGAGUUUGGAGCUUCUUUGUCUUCUGGUAUAACAGAGGACAAGACUCCUCUCGGUCCUGGCGAUCCGUUGAUAAUAUGGCCGACAGUAGAAGACGUGAGGUGUUCUUUGGAGGGUUAUGCUGCAGGCAAUGCAAUUCCGAGCCCAUUGAAGAACGUGGAGAAACCGUUCUUGAAAAAGUAUUGGGCAAAAUGGAAAGCGGAUCAUAGUGCUCGCGGUCGUGCAAUGCCACAUAUAAAGACCUUCACACGUUACAGCGACCAGAAGCUUGCAUGGUUCUUGCUAACCUCAUCGAAUCUUAGCAAAGCGGCUUGGGGAGCACUUCAGAAAAACAAUUCCCAGCUAAUGAUCCGCUCCUACGAGUUGGGCGUCUUGUUCUUACCAUCUCCAGUAAAAACACAAGGUUGUCAAUUCUCGUGCACUGAUAGCAACCGGAGCACUAUGAAGGCAAAACAUGAGACGAAAGACGAGGCAGAGAAGAGGAGUGAGCUAGUGACAAUGACCUGGCAUGGAGACAGAGAUUCGCCUGAGAUAAUCUCGUUACCAGUUCCUUAUCAACUACCUCCUAAGCCAUACUCACCGGAAGAUGUUCCAUGGUCAUGGGACCGAGGGUACUCGAAGAAGGAUGUGUAUGGACAAGUCUGGCCUAGAUAG